AUGUCAAUACUGAAGACUAAGGCAGAGUGGUUUGCAGCAGUCCGUGCACAGGAUGCAGAUUCCAUUCUUCGCUCUGUACAUAAACAUCUCGGUGCUCGGAACAACCUUGGAGAUACUGCCCUUAUCACCGCUGUCAGGGCUCGCGAUGUGCAGAUAGCCUCCCUUCUCCUUCCAUUUGAGCACUCUCUCCUAGAUUCUAGAGGGUAUCCUGCCUUGGGUAUAGCUAUUGAGCUAGACGCUCCAGAACUGGUCUGUUUGCUGGCGCCCCUAGAGGAGAAUACCCCCGUACCCGGGUACGGGUCUCCUCUGGCCCUGGCCGCUGCAUGCGGUGCCUUCCGAUCUCUCAGGAUUUUGUCCACAUUUCUGUGUGACUCGUCGACAGGCGAACAUGAGACUGCUCUCAACCAGGCUGUGCGUGCUCGGCAUUACUCGAUGAUAGAAACGUUGCUGGAGACCCAGGCUUACGCUCAGAAGGACCUUUUAGAUGCCCUGGACCUCUGUGUUGAUGGCUCUCGAUCUUCUGUUGCCAUUCAGCAGAUGCUGCAAUUAGCACUCAAGUUUAUUUCCUCUGGGAGCACACUUACUCUCCGAGCUGCUUUACAAACCAUCCAAUCAAUUACCGAAGAAAAUACAUUUCUAACAGAAUCAUUAAUAAAGAUGUUCGCAGCGCUUCGGCCGAUUUACUCUAUGGUAGCUAGCAACCGAGACGCUUUAUUGGAAGAGAAGAGCACGGUCUCAAUUCUUCUACAGACCCACACAGUCAUGGAGCAGAGUGAGCAGGUUCAAGAGUCUAUUCCACAGUUUAUGCACAGCAAGAAGGGCGCACAGAAGUCAAUUGCAGAUGUCGUUGAGACACUAGCUGACAAUGUAGCUAGCACACCACUGUCGUCAGCAUCGAUAAUCUCUAAAGAGGUAGCGUCUAACUAUCUAGAAACAGAUGAUGGGAAGAAGCUCGCCACGGAAGUCAGAAAUAUCUAUUCGUUGAUGGCAGCACAAAAGGAUACCCUUCAGGUUGUUCAGAGUAGAUUUGCUUCUCUUAUUUCAGCAGUAGCUGAGUUUCCUGGAUGCUCCUUGCCACCAUGCACUGAAAAUGGUUCUCUUACCCCCCUUAUGCAAGCAAUUAUCGAUAACAAUAUGAACGCAGUUUUGGACACCCUCCUCCCUUAUGCUGGCAGAAGGACUGAUACAGGUGAAACAGCACUUAUGCUUGCAGCGCAGCAUGGCAACGUGGCCGCCGUGAAGCUUCUCAGCACUAUAGAGUACGGGAUGCAGGACAAUCAAGGGAAAACAGCACUACGACACGCGCUGGAAACAAAUAACUAUGAUUCUGCGUCUGUCUUGAUAGAAGUUGAUCAAAAAAGAUACACAGACACGUUAAGAGAGUCUGGCUGGAGGUGCGUUGAUGGAACAACAUGUCUUUUUGUAGCACUGAAGAACAAGUGCUCCUUUUCAUACAAAUAUCUUAUUUCUAAGGAAGGAAACCUAUCUAUCGGCACUUUGGUAACCGAGGAAUUUGGAAAAAUUGAGGUGGCUUCGCCACUAAUGCUCGCAGUUCAAAAGUGCAGGACUGACGCGAUAAUUUUGCUUUCUCCGCUGGCUGCAGGGUAUGUAGAACCAACUAACAAACGAUCUACACUAAUGCUCGCCGCAUGCUCUGGAAAUUCUACUGCAGUACGGAUUCUUGCCCAGUAUGAAGCAGGGCUGCAAGACUGUCAAGGGUACACUGCACUAAUGUAUGCGGCAGAACGUAAUUACGUGGAUAUAGUGGAGCUCUUACUGCCUCAUGAAUCAAAACUGAUUACUAAUGCCUCUUCAAGAUGGGGUAGCGGUCACACAGCGCUUAUGAUAGCUGCGUACAAUGGUUGUGUUGAGACAGUUGCACAGUUAAUUCCGCACGAGGCCGGAAUGGUGCAAGCAGCCCCAGAUAUAAAGCAACAAUACGCUGGGUGGUCAGCACUGGUUUGGGCAGCGUCGUCCCCCGAAGCAUCUUUAGCCUGCAUAGAAAUCCUUGCUGAGAAGGAGUCACAGCAUGCACAAAAGGCUCUUGAUGAGGUCCCUCACUGGAGAGAUGAUAGAUUAACGAUAAAGCAGCUUCUCGCCCCAUACCUCGGCUAUGAACAAAGAGCUCUGUCGCAAAGAUCACAGCGCAGAUCGCGGAGAAGUGUUCACUAG